UUAAAAAUAUAAAUAAUUUUAAAUCUAAAGGUAGUCAUGAAGAAAACAAUGAAGAUAAAGAGAAGGAGAAGGAGAAGGAGAAAUCUAAAGAAGAAUUGGAUUUAGAUCCUUGUACAGUAAUUAAUCCACUUAAUAAAGGAUUCAUAGAUUUAAGAAGUUUAUCAGCAUUUUCUAAUGAAGGUAAAGCAUUACCUUGGAAUGCAAAAGGAUUUGAUAGUGGGAAAAAUUAUACUAUUGGAGUAUGUUCAAAUCCAUUUAAGAAAGCUAGAAAUGAUCCUAAUGAAAUUCAAGAUAAUGUAAAUGCAACUAAAAUUGGAGCUUAUUAUAUAGAUCAUGAAACUAAUAAAUUUGUAUCGAUGGGAGAAUUUUCAACGACUCCAAAAUUUAGAGGUAAGAAAUUAACUUUAACUUAUGAAAAUGGUGCUUAUUGUAAUAAAUUAAUGGAUACUGAAACUGGUGAACGAUUAAGAAAAUCUACCAUAUUAACAUUUACAUGUGAUCGAGAAAUGAUGGCCAAAGCUUCAAUAUCUUAUGUUGGAUCAUCAAAUGAUUGUAGUUAUUAUUUUGAAAUUCGAUCUCAUCAUGCUUGUCCAACUGUUUCAAAAGCUAAUAAUUUAGCGGCAGCAUGGAUAUUUGUGUUUAUAGUAUUUGCUGCAUUUUUAGUAUUUUAUUUUUCAGGGGGGUUUCUUCUUAAACAGAUGAAAAGCAAACAAGUUACUAAAGUAUGACGUUCAAUUCUCUG